AUGUGGCUUAUCAACACAACGACAAUCGCUCUAGAGGUCAAGAACGUAUCAUCAACUCCCUAUGCCAUUCUGUCGCAUACCUGGGGUGAUGAUGAAGUCACAUUCGAAGACAUGACGACGGGCCAGGAAAAAGGAAAGAAAGGCUAUGUCAAGAUCAUACAUACUUGCAGACUAGCCAAAGAGAGAGGGAUUGCAUACGCAUGGGUCGACACUUGCUGUGUUGACAAGAGGAGCAGCGCCGAGCUGGCUGAAGCGAUCAACUCCAUGUUCAACUGGUACAAGCUCUCAGAAGUUUGCUUUUCUCACCUCGAAGAUUUAGAAAUUCAUCGCGGGCCGCAGGACGACCAGAUUCCUGGCUUGUCGUCUUGUCGAUGGUUCACCAGAGGGUGGACACUACAGGAACUGAUUGCUUCACGAAAUCUUGAGUUUUACGAUAGUGCCUGGAAUUACCGGGGAACCAAAGCAGGGCUGCGAGGCAGAAUCUCGGGCAUCACUGGUAUCGAUAUUGCAGUUCUAGAAGACAACGCUAUUCUGGAGACCAUACCAGUUGCGAAGCGCAUGUCAUGGGCGGCGGACCGAGAGACCACAAGAGUUGAGGAUCUAGCAUACUGCCUUCUCGGGAUCUUCGGUGUCAACAUGCCAAUGCUCUACGGAGAAGGGACCAAGGCCUUUGGCAGACUUCAAGAAGAAAUCAUAAAAGAAACAACCGACCUCUCCAUCUUUGCAUGGAAAGCCAAUUUAUCCAUAGGGAGACCCCUACGGGAAGUUCGACCACAAGAAUUUCGCGGUAUCCUCGCUUCAUCACCCUCCGAGUUCGUACACUGCAAAAACUUCCGCCGCACUUCAACAAUGAGAUACGGGUACGAAUAUAGCAUGACGAACAAGGGCCUUAGACUGGAGACGUUCCUUGGCGAGAGCGCGAACAGGGAAUACGUCCUCAACCUCGCAUGCGAAAUACCGGGCUACGGGAAACGAAAGGUUGGAGUUUAUCUCACAAAGACGGCUGAUGGCUUUGUCCGUAGCCGACCGCAUGAACUCUUCGAAACACAUGAUUCUCUGUUAUGGGCCGGUCCACGUCACAAGAUAUUUAUUCGGAAGCAAGUCACGCCCUUUGGUUCCACCGACUUGGUAAGGCGUCGCGAAAUGAAUAUAGCGUCGCAGUUCAAUAUUUGCCCUGGAUUCAAGCUCGUCUCCUUUGCAGCAAAGCCAGCGGAUCUAUGGGAUACUCUACGUCAGGAGUUCGUCACGGACAGCAGCGAACAGUUCACUGGCUUUCUCAACUUUCAGCUGGCCGAUAAUGCCAAGACCUUUAUGUAUCGGAUCUAUGUAGUAUGCGGCUUGGAAAUGAAUCCGUGGUCUGGGGAUCUGCAACCAUGGAUGAGUAUCUACAACUCCACGGAUAAAGAAUAUCUAGAUAUAAUGCGGUGCGUCGAUGGAUACUACAGUUCGUACGGAGAGGAAUACUACCUACAUGAACUGCGCGACUACGUCCUCAGUGGGGGGGAUGUUCGACCACAGGAAAUCAGCCUUCCUUCGAGUGAUGCCGCACAUCGCCUUCAUAUAUCUCUUGGGACUCUUCAGCGAUCUUCCGAUAAUUCACAUACUAUCACGGUUAAUGUUUCAAAUAUUGGAUGA